AUGGCCAACGUCCCAUAUGCUCAGCAUGCUCUCGCCUUGAAACGGCUUGCAUAUACUCUGCAGUCGACCGUCGGAAAGGUCAAGAACCUUGAAAACAUCAUCACGGUCCUGAGCCUGGGCUCUGAUGACGAUGCCCUCGAGCUGCUGAAGACCAUACGGGAUAAUGCUCCCUCCCCGGCAUCAGGCCACGCCCUAUCCGUUGCGGAUGUGCUCGGGGAAUGGCACAAAUCUCGGGAGACGGACGUCGAGUACAAUGCCGAGAGUACGCGGCUCUACACAACCAAUGACUUGCCACCAGAGCGAUUGAUCCAAUAUGGGGUCACGGCCUACUUCAAUUGCAGCUAUACGCUUUUCUACAUCUAUGAGAAGCACGAGAUGACGGAUAUCAUCAAUCGGGUUUACCGACCUCAAGAACCAGUUGACAAGGCAACCUUGUGUGAAUUGUGUGCUUUGGCAGCCAUCGGAAGUCACUACGACGCGGCCAACUUUGACGUGUCUGUCAUGGAGAACUUGUACCACACAGCUGCAGUUUACCUCAGCGAUUGCAUCGAGGCGCACUUUCUGCGUGGAAUGAGAGUCAUCCUGUGCCUUAGCAUGUACUCAUUCAUGACGAAGAGGAUAAGCGCUCGGUAUUCGCUCGCAAUGGGCCUGAGUAUAGCUCGUCAAGCUCGCCUGAAUUGGCAGAUGCCUACAGAUCUCUGGGUGCCGUACCGGAAGGUGUAUCGUUCAUUCGUGUUCAUGGAAUGCUGGCUUUCCUCGAGUCUUGGAUACCAACCCGGUAUAACGGAUGAGGAAAUCAAGUUCACCAACCAACCCAUUACCGAACCACAGCCAACCAUCGAGAAUGACAUUCAAGCGCAACUCAGCGCCGUAGGCCUGAUGAUGGCCAAAAUCGUCCAAGACGUCUACAAUUCGCGGCCCAUGGGCAUCUUCUCCCUAGCCCGUCGCCACUCGGAGACCCUGCAAGCCUGGCAAGACAGCCUACCGCCCACGAUGAAACUAGCCGAGCUGAAGAAGGAAGAAGGCAAUGUCUUCAUCGAGCCACACCGCCGGUCGCUCAUCCUCGUGCACGUCAUGUUCUUCGGCGCCCAAAUGCUGCUUCAGCGACGCCUCCUCGUCACUAUGGCCCAGGAGCGCAUGAACAGGCGAUGGACCCUAGACGGCAGCUACGAGGAUGGCAGGGUCAUUGAGCAGCAAUGCAUCGCCGCGGCCGAAGAGUGCGUCUACCUCCUCGAUGUCCUCGGCUACACCAGACAUAUGUUCCGACGUUGUUGGCUAUGCAUCGGCCACGCCUUCAGCGCGUGCAGCGUGGUUCUCUUCGACGUAGCCCUGCGGCUCCUCUACGACCAAACAGACGGCGUGGACGAACAACUCGCCCGCUCGCAGGAAUGCAUCAACAUGCUCGAGGGCUGCGGCGAGGCCGACCGCGUCGCGAAGGCAAUGCUGCAGAUUGUCCUCCCCCUACAUCAGGACUUGCGGCGCCUGGCGAGCGACCAGCCAACCACUCGCAGUGGAAUCCACAAUUUACUCGAGAACCCGCUGUCUGGGACGACUUCGACGACGACACCGGAGCCACAGAUCCGAGCGGCCGUCAUCCCGGCCAUGCAGACCGCGAUUGAGGUCUUGGGGAAUCCCUUUGGACAUGUCAGGAGGAAUAACAUCGAUUCCUUCGCGGCUGGCGACCCCAGUGUGCCCAGCUGGUGGAAUUGA